UACAAGGUGAAGGCAAGGCACAGAGAUUUAUCUGCACUUUCUGCUGCUUGUAAAACUUGAUUUGAGCCUAAGGGCCUGCACCUUAGCGAAACUGGAUACGUUGCAAGUCUACUUGCCUGGUUAACAAAACAAAGAAACAAGCUGACAUUACUUUUUCUGCAAUGAGAAAAUCAUCAAUGCAUGAACCUAUGUUUUACUUGAAGGACACCUACAAAGAGGGUUACCUCAUAAAGUCACCUCCAAGCAAAAUGUUUACUUCCCAGACUUCAUGGAAAACGAGAUAUUUUGUUUUAUCUAGAACACAUGAAAAUGUCUUCUAUCUUGAUUAUUUUAAAAGCAAAGAACAAAGGAGCCCAGCACGAGGAAAAAUAUCCUUAGAAAAAAUUCAGAAUAUCUCAAUUGAACCGACAGACCACAGCUUUUGGGGAAAUAUACAGAGGAUGUUUAAAGCCAGCCCUCAGAAUGUCAUAAGGAUUGAAACAAAGGAGAGAGAAUACUUCCUUAUUGAUAAUAAUGAACAAAGCACUAAAGAAUGGUUCGAGAAAAUUAAGUUUGCUUACAACAAUAUGGAACGCGAAAGGAACAAUGAAGUGCAGAGAGAUGACCUUGACAGAGAGCCUCAGUUAGAGUCAAAUCCAUCGCCUCGACCUUCUUCUGACCCUAUAACCCAUGAAGAGAAAGACAAAGCCUUUAUAAAAUUAAGUGAAGAAGAAACUGUGGACAACAGUGUUUCAGCACUGAAAUGGAAACCUCAUACCUUACCGUCGGACCUUUUUAACAGGGAAGGAAACAUAAAAGAGAACGAGAGUAUUUCAGUACUGAAAUGGAAACCUCAUACCUUAUCGUCGGAGUUUUCUAACAGCGAUAUAAACAUAAAAGAGGUGGCCUCUACAUAUCAGUGGAACGGUGAAGUGCAGGGCUUUGGGUUAUCGGUGGUUUACUGCACUUUUGGCUUGCUGCUGGCAUUCUCAGCAGAAUCUCAGCGUGCACAAACUGCUUAUGAAUCUUUGAAGAAUGUACGAGGAGACAUUAUGAAACAGAAAAAGAACUAUGAACAUUGUUUACAGAUGUGA